AUGCACUUUGGCCAUCGUCAAAAGAAGUCAAAUGACAUAUUUUCAGCCACAUUUCUUCAAAUUCGUGCCUCUGCCCAAAUUACAACUUUGGGUAGUUUUGAUUCUGCCUUGGAUGGGAUCUCAUUUGAACUUCCAUGGUAUAUUGAUUCGACAAGCUCUUCCUCGGACUAUGUCGUCGCCCAACUGGAUUUGCCACUCGACGACCACCAACUCUUCCUCAGCGUGCCAACCUCGCCACAGAAACCUAUUCAAGUAGAGCUCAGCGUCGAUGCCUCCCAACCGGAUCCAAGACCUGCGUUCUAUGGAGUGACAGCAACACAACUCCCUCUCGGAGACAUUAUAGAUGAUGCAUCGCCACAAUUGCUCUAUUCUUCAGAUGUGGGUUGGGACCAUAGGACGUCUGGGGUGUUGGGUUGGGGUGGCACCCACUCUACUACGUAUGAAAGUGGUUCUUGGUUUCAAGUCACUUUUGCGGGAUCGGCCAUUUGGAUCUGCGGUGAUAUAGGAGUAUACGACGCUCAUCUCAACGUCACCGUUACCGAAUACAUUAGCAACACGACAAGCAUACGAUCAUACGAACACUAUAUAUCUCGAAACGGGCGACCUUAUCCACUGUAUCGAGCACCCUGGUUUAACGAAACCAGUCUCCCUUGGUCUCUUGCUCGAACUUACAAGUUUACUCUCCUAUCAGGCGUGAUGAGCAUAGAUUAUAUUCGUGUUCAAGGUGCCAUUCUGGACCCCCCAACUUCACGACCGGACUCAAGCUCUCCAUACCCAAAUCGAAGCCUUUUAACUGCAUGGAUCAUUGUACCAUUCGUUGGACUUCUUCUCCUUGGAUUACUACUCUACUUCCUAUACAGGAAGAAGAAGCGGAAACCAACACGGAGACGAAUUGGAACGGAAGUCAAGGAGUCUGAAGCACCGCUUAGACACUCCUUCCGUUUGGAGGAUAUUGACAAGUUAGAGAGAAUCCCGCGAGAUGCCAAGGAGCCGCUGCAACCUACCCCUGCAUGGAAUCUGCGGCAUAGCUCCGAGUCCUUGGCGACAUCGGCAAGCCAGGAGCCAUCAAGUAGUCGGUCACCGUUUGGAGACAACAAUCGAGAUGCGAACUUGCCAGGAGGACUAGGAACGCCUAUCCAGCUUCGACUCAAUAAUCCGUUCGAGGAUCUCGUGGCAAGUCAAGCUCCUACGUCUCACCUAGAUUUCGAGGGAGGACCAGCGGUUGUAGAACUCUCGCAUGAGGACUUGGCCCAGGUUUUUGAACGUGCUAGAGAGCUGCGAGUACAGGUUAGCCGUGGCUCUCUUCGACUCGAUCCUGGUUCUGGAGAGAAGCUAGAUCAGAGGGAGAUUUUGGCUCGAAGGCUAGCAGGCAUCCCACCGGUGGACAGAUAG